UGAUGCCAGUCAAGCAUUUCUCUUCUUUUUUUGCUCUGGCUUCUAUCAGAUAUUUUUCUUACAGUGAUUAAAUUUGUUCCAAAAUAGUUUUUACUGCAUUCUGAUAUUUUCAUGCUUCAGACAGAACACAGAGACCGACUCGUUGAGAUUUUAAAAAUUUAAAAAUCAGCAGGAUUCCAAAUACUCACCCGCUUUGAAAUCCAUCUGACCUCAGUACAGGCAAACAAUGAAGCUCACAACUGCUGUCCUCUGGGCUGCGGUCAUGUUGGUGGGACUCCAGGAGAGCGCUUCAUCCCCUGACAGCAACGUAAACCGUUCAUCCCAAAACCUCUCCGUGGUCCCGACAGACCUGCCACAGGAUGUGGAGGUUUUAGACCUUUCCUGCAACCACAUACACCAACUUCACAAAGGAGACUUCAGAAACACCACCUUUCUCAGAAUCCUAAACAUGUCUUGGAACAGUUUGGAGGAGAUCGAUGCAGAGACUUUUCUUGACACACCACUUCUGGAGGAUCUUGACUUGUCACACAACAGCCUGAAGAACCUGUCAGGUCAACAAUACCUGGUGCACACAGGGAACCUCCUGGUGCUAAACUUGGCCCACAAUGACAUUUUUAGUAUGACAUUGGGAAGUGAGUUCAGUUCACUGGUCAAACUGGAAAGAUUAACAGUUGGAGCAAAAAACAUCAGUAAAGGUGACUUCAAGAACAUUGCUGAGGUGAAACUACGCACACUGGCCCUUUCUCUGGAGGGUAAAUUUGGUUAUGAAGCAGGCAGCCUGAAAGAUGUCCACGCUCAAACACUUCAGAUAGCCUUCAAUAAGAACCAAACAAUGGACCAUGAUCUGAUCGCUGAUGCUCUGUCACUCUUUGCUGAAGUAGAGAUGAUGAAUCUGACGAAGGGCUACGAAACCCUAAGUCAGCUGCUGAGUCAGAAAAAGGAGAUCCACACUUCUCAGCUAGACCUCACCAACUUAGCAAUUCGCUGGAAGGAAUUGACAGAAUUUGUGAAUGUGGUUUUAGGUACAUCUAUUAGCCAUCUGAGCGCCUCUGAUGUGAUCAUUAACUACCCACCUCAAAGGGACACCAGUGUGACCGGGACAUCCAAAAUGAAGUCCUUCACAGCCAGACGGGCUACAGUCACCUCUUUCUUGUUUUCACAGGAGUCAGUUUACAACUUUUUUAUCAACUUGCCAGUGGAGAGUGUAGCACUCACAGAGACUCCAAUUAUCCACAUGACAUGUCCAUCUUCACAGAGUCCUAUCCUCCUGCUGGACUUCUCCAACUGUGACAUAUCUGACUCAAUUUUCUCCACAGUGAAGCGUGAAGUCAUUAAAGAAUGUGAGAAUCUGGCCAACGUGAGGAAAUUGAUUCUGGUGGGCAAUAGUAUUAAAAACCUUCAGCUACUGAGCAAGCGUAUCCAACACAUGACAUCCCUGCAACACCUGGACCUCAGCCUCAACUCCAUCAUUUAUGACGGUUCGUCGGCGUGUAUCUGGCCACCAGGUAUCAAAAAUUUGAAUCUGUCUUUUACCGGUGUGACAGAUUCAGUUUUUAAUUGUUUACCAAAUGGAACAGAGACACUGGACCUUCAGAACAACCAGAUUUCUGUGGUGCCACCAACCAUCUUUAAACUGGAGAACCUUUCGUCUCUGAAUCUAAAUGCUAACAAGCUGCGGGACCUGCCAGUAUGCAACACCUUCCCCGUACUGAACAAACUUCUGCUCCAGUCAAAUUCCCUCCAUGCCCCAUCUGUGCAUAGGUUAGAAAGCUGCCCCCAACUGAAAACCCUCGAUGUCAGUGACAACCCCUUCACUUGUACAUGCUCUCUGCUACAUUUCAUAAGUCUUGGCAUUAAGUCAGAAAAUAAAAGAAGUCAAACAGGAAUUGAAUUGUUGAAUUGGCCACUUGACUAUUAUUGCUUCUACCCAGAGGCUGAUAGAAAAUCCACUUUGAAAGACAUCAGGAUCCCAGAGCUCUCCUGUAAUCUGAUCCUCCUAGCCAUCACUAUCUUGGUCCCAGCAGUGGCACUGAUUUUAAUAGUUAUGAUCUUGUGCCAUCGUCUGGAUGUUCCCUGGUACAUGGGCAUGAUCUGGCAGUGGACCAGAGCCAAACAUCGAGCAAGAAUGCAACAGGUUCGACCUGAAGAGCUGGUAGGUGUUGAGUUUCAUGCUUUUGUGUCUUAUAGCCAGCAUGAUGCAGACUGGGUGCACAAUUCCCUCCUUCCAAACCUCGAAGGCCCUGCGGGAGGACUCAGAAUCUGCCAUCAUGAGAAAAACUUUGUGCCAGGAAAGACUAUUAUUGAGAACAUCAUUGGCUGUGUGGAGAAAAGCCGCCGCUCUGUGUUUGUGCUCUCCGCUCACUUUGUGAAAAGCGAGUGGUGCCAUUAUGAGCUGUACUUCGCCAGCCACCAGCGUCUCUCUCGGGGCUCAGACAGUAUUGUUCUGGUUCUGCUCGAGCCUCUGCCUCAGUACCUGAUCCCAUCCAAGUACUACCAGCUGAAGUCCAUGAUGAACCGCCACACCUAUCUGGAGUGGCCUCAGGAAAGGGCCAAGCACAGGCUGUUCUGGGCCAACCUCAGAGCUGCCCUGCAGGCUGAUCUACCAAAUGAACCAGUCACAGAAAUACAGGAGUGACGAUGGAGGGGAGACUUUAAGAGGAAAUGAACAGUGAAUGGGGCACUGGAAAGUUUCUAAAUGAGAACAAAGUAAUACAGGUAUUUAGAUGCACCAGCGAAACUGUGUAGAUAUUGUAGCCUGAGUUAAAGCAUCUCAUUUUUAAUUUUGUUUUACAAGCAUUGAGCAACUGACGCGCUUGAAACAUAGAAAUGACGUAAUAACAUGUCAACUUCUUUAAACCAUUUAGGCGACAUUUAAUGGAAACAUCAAUAAAAACUAACUAUUUGAUCAAGACUGUAGCAAAAACAAUAAACUUUACAAAAAUGAG